CCCAUAUCUUUCACGCACGUUGCCGCCGCUCGCUUGUCACCUCUGUGUGACCCUCACGACCGCCUACCCGCAACGACCUCGUUCUGUUAUUCUCAUCCCAUAUGACUAGGAUAUCAAGGUGAGCAAAUAUUGGGAAAGUGCAGGACAGUGUGAGGAAACGCCUGUUUUAAUACAAAUAGUGAUGUGUUACAAACAAUAUUCAACUAUUUAUCUGAAGCGUGCCUACUUACUGCUGUUGUUAUGAAAUUUGAGAUGCCUAUUAUUUAGUUGUAUUCACUGAUACUCUCAACAUAGUUGUAUGUUGCAGUUAUGUGGAAAAAUAGAUGGGUACGAGGAAUAAUAUCAUUAGAAUUACAUUUUUUAAUUUGGCUCAUUGAUUAUGGCAUUUAUUUAAGACCAGAUGAUAAAACUGUUUAUAUUAAUUUGCCUACUGAAUAUAAAAAGUUGCCCACAAAACUGUUUGAAGCCAGCAUACAUGGAGUAGUGCCAGUAGAUAAGGCGUUAAAUGAGGACUGCCAAAUAGUAAAUACGGCUACGAGUUCCUGGAAUGCAGGUGCUGUAAAAAAAGCACAAUCAUUAAUUGAAAACGCAGAAAACAUUUAUUUUGUUCCAAUUGCUUUGUUAUCGACCCAGCAUAAUGAAAUUGUACUUGGAGACCUGUAUAUUGAAACCAAAAAUAAACAAUUAUUUAACAUAAUUGAUGAAUUAGAGGUGUGGCCAGUAUUUUUGGACAAAAACAAAGAAGUUUACUUUGAAAAUAUAUCAAAAUACUAUAUCAGGCGAAGACAACAUAGAGCUUGUCUUCUUAAGCCUGAUAUUCCAGAUUUACCAACAAUAACGUCUACAUCCACAUUCCUCGAGUACAACGCCAUCUGUGCUAAUGCUGAGCCUUUUGAAAUAUCUAUCGAGUGCGACUCACCAGAGGAAGAUGGCAGCACUAUUGUGGAAUACGACAAGCACGAACGAGAAAAGUAUAAUUUAACACCAGCUGAAAUUGAAAAGUAUUCUAACAUGUAUAUUACACUUUGCGGCCGCGAGUACAAUGUAUUGAAUAUUCUCUCAAAUAAAAUUAAAGAUUUAAUUAUGUGUGAAAGGUACAAAGAUCAUGAUAGAAUGUCUGUGGGAAGAGGUGUGGGACGGAGACGUUCGUCUUUCUAAUGGUAUAUUAUUACUAUAUAGUAUUAAUAUAUUCCUCAUUAGAUAUUAUACAUCCUUUAAUUAUAAAGGUACAACUUUAUAAUCUACACUAAAUUUGCUCACUAGUUUGAUCAAACAUUUGUGACAUUAUUUUUACAUUUUUUGGCAAGUGUGGUGCUUAUAGCAAAUCGUAAUUCGUAAUUAUUAAAGCAAUGCCAUGAUUCUAUUUCAAUAACAAACUUACAAAUAAGACUGAAGUAAACAAGACUAUGAUAAAACCUAUUGAUGUUUAAAAUAUUUUGUGUGUAUUUUGCUUGCAAAACACUAUUUGUGAUAAGAAAGAAGUUGUUUAUAAUUUAGGCGUUUUUUAUUUAUAGAUGUAUUAUGUUGCUGUUGUAAUCUGUUAGGGUUCUAAUCAAACAACGUUCUAUGGAAGCUAUUUAUCCGUGUUCACGCCAGAUUUACAUAUUUAGCCGAAUUUUAAGAGAGUUAUAUAUUGUUUUUGAUUACUCAGAAAGCUAUGAUAUGACACCAAUAAGGCUAUUUUGGCAAUACUCUAUAGGGCCAAUGAAAGACGGGGAAGUGUUAAGUAUAUAAUACAGUAUUAUACAAUCAUAUUAUGUAAAGAUUAAUAGGAAGACUGAGUUUGCCCACUGAUUGUGAGCAUAACUGUAAUAUGUACUUUAGUAAUAGAAGUAUUAGUAGAUAAUAUCUUAGUGUUGUGGUUCUAUAAAUAUUACGCUACAGAACAGUACGAGUUACUGUAUUCGAUGUUAUAUUAUUUUUACUUAGAAAAAGUUAUUUAUUUUAAGUUUGUUUGAUUUGAGAAGUUCUAUUAGUUUAUUUUUGAUUUUGAAAACAAGACUGCAUUUACUGAUUUCAGAUUUUUUUUUAUAUUACUCUUACCAGUAAAACAUAUUCAGUUAUGCAAAUUUGUAAUAAAUACUUACAAAUAAAUAUGAAAAUUGAUGUUGUAUAUAUAUAUAAGUUGAAGUUUAUCUCGAAAAUAUCUACCUAAUGUUUAUAAAUUAUCUUAUUAAACUAAUUUGACUCUACCUAUGUAGAAAAGAUAUAUUAAUCUAGAUCUGGUCCGAACUUUGAUGUCAUAAAUAAUUUAGAAAAAGACUGUUAAAAACAGGUGUAAUGGAAAGUGAUAGCGUUAUUUAAGGCACGUUUAUAAAUACUCAAAUCUUGCUGUUUUAAUGUUAAGAUUUCUAUCUAUGUAUUACGAUAGGUAUAUGCUUAAACCAAUUUGUAUGAAAUAUCUAAAUGUUAUUUACGUUACCAGUCCAUAUUUCGUGUGUAAAAAUCUUCAGAUUCAAGAUUACUUUCGCUAGACUGUUACAUUCACAGAUGUAAAUAUUAAUGGAUGUCGCAACUGAAAUUACUUUGGGUAUUGGUUUUUAGUCCUAUUGAGUCCAAUUUAUUUUUAUUGAUACGAUACAUAUUAAUUAUGACGCUUGUGUUAUCUGUGGUUAUAACACCUUUUCCUUUAUACCUGUAUCUCAUAAGAGCAUUAUAAGUUCAUUAAUGUUGAAUAAAUUUAUUCGAAAUAUUAUUUACAAAAUAAAAGCCAAUACUAUCAAUAACUUUUAUAUUUAUAUACAAAUAGAAAUUCCAUUAGGUAAAUAAACCUAGUAACUUACAUAUAUCUUAAAUUAGUAUUCUGUACAAUUUGUACGAUUGACAAUAGGCAGUACAGAGAGUGACAGAGAAGAUACAAUGUUAUGCAUAUGGCAAGUUUAUAUUGCUCCAAUAAAUAAAUAUUGUACCGUGUUAUAUUUUAUUACUUAUAUUUAAAUUUGCUAAAUUUGUAGUUCAAGUCUUUCGUUUCGAAUGACAAAUUACUUUUUUUACUUGAAGGUUUGCCGUUCACGACGGAGAGAUUUAAUGAAUAAAAUCAAUUUGUAUUAAAAUAUAAUUAUGUUUGAGCUCUACAAAAUUUUCUGCGUAUGUGAAUACUAUAUUUUAAAUAAAAAAAUUGAUGUGCAUAGAUAAGGAAAAUAAAAUUAAUUGUUAUCGGGUAGGUUUUAUAAUCGGUAUUUUGGUAGAUCGGAAAGCGCAAUCUAUAGGUAGGUACAUCGCGUUUUCUAUGUCGAAUGCUCUAAGAUAUAGUUUCUCAACUUAUUUGGUGCCGUGCCGCGAACCACCACAUAGUAAGAAA